AGGAGGGGUGGAGGCGCAGCGACUGCUGCACCGCGCUCGACGCUGCGGAGCGAGCCCACCCGCCCCGGGAGCUCGCCUCCCCGGUGCUCCCCCGCCCUCCCCGCCCCCCCCCCAGUGGCGCUGCCUCCUCCAAAUGAGCGAUUCGCCCGCUGGAUCUAACCCAAGGACACCCGAAAGCAGCGGCAGCGGCGGCGGCGGGAAGAGGCCGGCGGUGCCGGCGGCGGUGUCCCUCUUGCCCCCGGCGGAUCCCCUGCGCCAGGCGAACCGGCUCCCUAUCAGGGUCCUGAAGAUGCUGAGCGCUCACACCGGCCACCUCCUGCACCCGGAGUACCUGCAGCCGCUGUCCUCCACUCCCGUCAGCCCCAUUGAGCUGGACGCCAAGAAGAGCCCUUUGGCGCUGCUGGCCCAGACUUGCUCGCAGAUCGGCAAGCCGGACCCGCCGCCCUCGUCCAAGCUCAACGCGGUGGCGGCGGCGGCGGCGGCCAACGGGCUGGGAGCGGAGAAGGACCCCGGCCGCGCCGCCUCCGCGUCUGCGGCCCUCAAGCAGCUGGGGGACUCCCCUGCCGAGGACAAGUCCAGCUUCAAGCCCUACUCCAAGGGGGCCGGCGGCGGCGACGCCCGCAAGGACAGUGGCCCCUCCUCCGUGUCCUCCACGGCCUCCUCCUCCUCCUUGUCCCCGGGAGACAAGGCGGGCUUCAGAGUCCCCAGCGCCGCCUGCACGCCCUUUCCCCCGCAUGGGGCGCCGGUCUCCGCGGCGUCGUCCUCGUCGUCGCCCGGUGGCUCUCGGGGCGGCUCCCCGCACCACUCUGACUGCAAGAAUGGCGGCGGGGGUGGCGGCGGGGAGCUGGACAAGAAGGACCAGGAGCCCAAGCCCAGCCCGGAGGCUGCAGCCGUGAGCCGCGGCGGCAGUGGGGAGCCCGGCGCCCAUGGCGGCGGUGUCGAGGCCGGGGCCUCCGGGCGCAAGUCCGAGCCGCCCUCCGCGCUGGUGGGGGCGGGCCACGUGGCGCCCGUAUCUCCCUACAAACCGGGCCACUCGGUAUUCCCGCUGCCACCCUCCAGCAUCGGCUACCACGGCUCCAUCGUGGGCGCCUACGCCGGCUACCCGUCCCAGUUCGUGCCUGGCCUGGAUCCUAGCAAGUCUGGCCUUGUGGGAGGCCAGCUUUCUGGGGGCCUGGGCCUGCCACCUGGCAAGCCCCCCAGCUCCAGCCCGCUCACGGGGGCCUCCCCGCCCUCCUUUCUGCAGGGAUUAUGCCGCGACCCCUACUGCCUGGGAGGUUACCACAGCGCCUCGCACCUCGGUGGCUCCAGCUGCUCCACUUGCAGCGCGCACGACCCGGCCGGGCCCAGCCUGAAGGCGGGGGGCUACCCUCUGGUGUAUCCCGGGCACCCGCUGCAGCCCGCCGCGCUCUCGUCCAGCGCCGCCCAGGCCGCACUCCCCGGCCACCCGCUCUACACCUACGGUUUCAUGCUGCAGAACGAACCGCUGCCGCACAGCUGCAACUGGGUGGCGGCCAGCGGGCCAUGCGACAAGCGCUUCGCCACCUCGGAGGAGCUGCUCAGCCACCUACGGACCCACACAGCCCUGCCGGGCGCGGAGAAACUUCUGGCCGCCUAUCCUGGGGCUUCGGGCCUGGGCAGCGCAGCUGCAGCUGCCGCGGCCGCCGCCUCCUGCCACCUGCACCUCCCGCCGCCCACCGCCCCGGGCAGCCCCGGGUCGCUGUCAUUGCGGAGUCCACACACUUUGGGACUAAGCCGGUACCACCCCUAUGGCAAGAGCCACUUAUCCACAGCUGGGGGCCUGUCCAUGCCGUCCCUGCCCACAGCCGGACCCUACUACUCACCGUAUGCGCUGUACGGACAGAGACUAGCCUCAGCCUCCGCGCUCGGAUACCAGUAACUACAGCUCUUCGUCCCGCCCCAGCCCUACUCCCCUUCCGCCUUCGUCUCCCUUUCCCCCACCGCCUGGCCGCUGCAACCUCCUCUACUGCUUGUCCCUGCCGGGAUUCCCGCCUAGACCCUCCCCACCGGACUGUGUAUUUAUUUACUAUAAUGUUAGCUUACAAGCUGGGAAUAUAAGUGCAUUAACGGCCCACACGAGUCAAUGGUAUGCAAAAAGUCUGUGUUCCCCCAAAUAAUAAUAUUAAUCACAAAUAACUACAUGUUCCCCACCCCUCUUCCUUUUAUUUUUUUUUCAUUUUCUUAGAUGUAAAUUUAAAUUUUUUUUCCUUUUGCUUUUUUUUUUUUUUUUCAUUGAUUGGUUUGGUUACAGGGGAGGAGGGAGAUUUGGGGUUCUGGGGUACUUCCAUUUGUUUGUUUACCCUUCCUGGGGAGUUUCUUGCAUGCUUCUUAACUGUUAAAACUACUUUCCCCUCUCUUUUCCCCUCUCUCCCCUUCAUUCCCUACCGUUUCCUUCCAUUCAAAGUUCUGUUUUUCCCUUUGUACAAGUAACAGAGAGGAGAUAUUUUUUUGUAACUCAUUUGUGGGGUGGGGUGGCAGGGUGCGGCCUUGGUGGUGGGAGCUUUUUCAUUCUGUUGACCCGAAACUCUGCUCUGUGACUCCUGCACCGCAACCCUCUCUUCCUAGGGUCCUUGGUCUGCGCCUUGGCCCCCAAAAUUAGAGCCUUGCUCCCCCCUAAUUUGCUCUGAACACAGAAAGCGCCGACCCCACCAGCAGCUUCCCCGAGAGAGGGGUCCGAGUGGCCUCCGGAAGAGCCUUUCUACCUUCUGGGCUCUUCCCAGCCCCGUGCAGCCCAGGGUCAGCACUGUCCUCUGGAUAGAGGACCUGGAGGGCUGGCUCAUCAUACUCAACUGAAGGUCCUAGAAGGCCCUGCUGGCAUGAAACUUUGCUCUUUAUAUUUUUCGAAGCGGUUUUAUAGUCAUGGCUUCUCUGUUAUCGGGGCAGUCCCUCUCCCGGGGGUGGGGUGGGGUCAGUGACUUCCUAGACCCCACGCAAAGGAGACCAGUGGCAGUAUCCGCAGGCAGUGCAACCUUACUAGCUCUGCUGGGGGGAGGCUGGGGAGUCAGGGAGCACACAGAUCACAGCGGUCCGGGCGCCCCCUCCCAGGCCUGACUCUACAGAGCCCCCACAGUUGGCCGUGGGGUUCCGUGGGCCCCUCAGGGACUAGGAUCGGAGACUCUUGGGCCCUGGGUCUUCUCCCCACACCUUCCCUCCCUCCUGGUCUCAUGCAGCCAUGAGGGGGCUGCGGGGCCUGUUUGGGCUGAAUAGAGCUCUCCCUUGGUAAGACUUAUUUUGUUAAUAAAUGGAAUACUUGGCUAUA